UUUAACUUUUAGUUCAGUUAACGCGAAGCAACUCCAGGUUAAAGUCAGAUAAUGCGGAGAAAUUAUGAAUAAACAUGGUGAUUUGCCAGUUGGUACUCUGUAAAUAAAAUGUAAAAUAUACUCGUAAUGAUAACAUUCAGCAAAAGGAAGUAGCAAGUGCAAUUUUGCUGGCUAGAGCAGAGCAAAGAAAACUUAAAAAUAAAAAUAAAAUGUUUUAGCAAAAGAGUGAACAAGUUUUCGGAAAGCUGUAAUAUUUCAAGCAUUGUAUAUUACAACGCUAAUUUUGCCUUGUUAUUCAACAGGUGCGACCCAGCACAAGUUUCAUUUAAAUGAAUUAAUUUACAUCUAUGUAUGUAUAUACAUAUACAGAUAACGUGUUCAAGUGUGUUAGUGUCUGUGAAUUUCAGUUUUUGUUUCAAACUAUGUGUAUUAAGCUAAGCUUUUGCUUAUUAUGCACUUACAUACAUAUGUGGGCUUACAAAAUACAUCACCGAAACCUCAAACAAAAGGAAUUGAAAAUAACUAACUACUACAUUCAGAUGAUUUCGAUUUAUGAUAAACUCUCGGCUAUCACCAUCAAUAAUUAAUUUUGAAAGAUAAUCAUUCUUACUCGAUAUUAUCGCCGAAAUGUGAAAGGUUCAACGUUGCUGGUGCUCGAACCAUCUUAUUUUUACAUUAAAAAUAGAUAGGAAUAAACAUUUCUAGAACAAAAAGCAGAAGUAUAGUAAAUGAACGUCGUUGAUAAACUGUGAUGAUGUACAAUCAAAAAUGCGCACGUGCAAUUGAGCUGAUAGUAGUAGUGCUUUUAUUCACAGUUUUUAGCAGUAGCAAUGGCAAAAACUUAGUUAUCCCUCAGCGAGGUAAAAGCGAUAUAUUUAAUAGUGAAUAUGAACGCGAGCAACAAAAAUCAAUGCCAAUGGAAUUUGUUAAUGUUUCUGAAGCUGAACGCGGUAAAAAAAUUAAUCAGGGGUUGGAACCCCGCAGUGUUAAAUAUAAAUAUUUUGCCUUGGAAAGCGGGACAGAUGUAUCGAUAUCGUCGACAAUAGUACCACUUCAAAAUUCUACUGAACUGGAUAUCGCCGAGAAAACUUCAGGAGAUACGCUAAGUAUGGUUGAAGCUCUCUCGGAAACGUCGAGUAUCACUCCAACAACGCAUCGACCAGUACGACUUUCCGCUUCAUCAAAUAUAUCCUCACAGGAGAGGGAGCGGAGGCUGAUGAUGGUUCUGGCUGCCCGUCGCAAUGCAUUACCUCGUGUAAGUGUCCGAACACGCCUUGGUACCACCGGACGAUCCUCAUCCUUAGAAACCACAUCUAAAGCUCCAAGUGAUGUACGAUCAGAUUGUUUAAAAAACUGUACAAAGAACUUUACGCGUCGUACGACUGCUAGUUGUAUGAGAAAGUGCUCUAAUUUAACACGUACAAAGAAUGGUACGAUUAUCAUUCACGAAUCAUCUCUAACCGGUUCAGCUACGCUGACCUCAGAUCGAGACAACAAUGAGAUACUCUUUACGGACGAAUCUUCCCAUGGACUAUUUAUUGUUGCAAAGGGACAAAAUGACACAUCAAAUCAUAUACAAGAUGUUAUGAAAAAUGUGAAAGUGCGGCCUAAAAAUAAGGAUUUAUCAUCAGUAACCAUAACUUCCAGUUCCAUUGAGGAAGAUGAUAUACAACCGUACUUGUACUUCGGUGAAAAACUUCCACCUAUUAAGUCCGGUACAUUGACAAUUACUUCAGUUAGCGAGGGACUUCCCAGGCUAUUGGAGAUUUCUGCAAAUAAAUUAGGUCCUACUACUCCUACCUCACGCGUCUCUACAUCAACUUUAACCGCUGUUGAGCGUAGCCGAUCAAGAUAUAAAUAUAGAGAUCGAGGAUACAAUUAUUCUAGACGUUCGCCUACGCAUGCGAGUGCAAUAACCUCAGUGGAAACUAAGAGUGGACUUUUUUUUAACAACGAAAGUAUAGCAUCUUUCAUCAAAGAAAAUAAAGAACAGAAUAUGGACCAAAGAGUUGUUUUACAAUUAACAAAACUACCAUCUGUUGUUUCUUCUACACCAUUAUUAAUAACGGUUUCCGACGAGAGUAAUGAAACUUCUGGGCCUAUUCAGACCACCACAGAAUUCACUAAAAAUUUUAUGUCUGAUUCACCCAUUAUUGUGUACCCUACAACGAUUCGCGUUCAUUCAACCAACGCCACAAUGAAAACAUUUGUCAGAAAUACAACUGUACCAAAUGAAUCAAUCAUAAAAAUCACCUCUCCUGCAUUUGCCAAACUAUCAACAGUUUCACCUACUGUUCGAUCCAGAACAGUUGAUGAAGAAGGGAUAAGAAACCCUGAUUUUCUGAACCAGAAAGUAACACAAAAAUUUAGUAGUCACGAAACAGUAAAACCAACUACAAAUAAUACAAAUUCAAGGGCCAUUGUUAAAGAGGACAUUGAGAAACUUCGAGCUCUUGGCCCAAGUCUCACUCAAGAAAUAAAAAAUGAUGAAAAUAUAGUUAUAUUUCUUAAUCAGUCUUCUCGAGAUCGAUCAAAUACGGAAAUUGAAAUCAUCGACAAACCUGGUGCAAUAUUACACCCGACUUUGAAAUCGAGACACUCCUAUGAGAAUCCAAUCACCGAAACACCAUCUAUGCCGUCAGAGUCAUCUUCUCCCAAUUUAAAUGAAGAUAUUAAACCCUCUCUUGUAGGUGUUAUAGAAACAGCCCCAAUAAGAAAACAGACUCAACUUGAGCAAACGAAUAUAAAUAGAGGAGAUAUUAAGUAUACUUUCGUCGCCAAUGAUAGAGAAGUAUCUUUAGAUAUGCGGCGCGUUAAUAUUGCCACCAUGGUGCUGGCUGGAAUCGGAAUAAUACCUCUUUGUGCACUUACCCUUUAUCUUGUGCGAUCAUACAUAUUUCGUCGCAGCGUUAAAAUUGAGGAAGAUUUCAUUGUAUGCAUUGGUGACCAACAGCCUAUUAGUCCUGUAAAGAAACUUGAUUCGAAGUUUCAAAACAAAGGCGAAAAGGAAAACUAUGAAAUCGACCAUCACCGAUCCGAUCAUCCGAAGACAAUUAACAAAGUUACCUCUCGGAAAACAAAUGCGGACAUGCUAUAUGAUGAACAAUGCUCAGUGACUAGUGAAGAAUUUGAUCGUAGCAAUAUUCGCCUGAAGAGUUUACUAGGUGAGGGUAACUUUGGUCAAGUGUGGAAGGCUGAGGCAGAUAAUUUUAGCGGCCAUUUUGGAGCUACACGUAUUGUUGCCGUUAAAACGAUCCGGAAAUUCAGUCCUCAAUCCAGUUUGAAAGAAGAAGCAGACAUUAUGCGAAAGCUGGGUUCACAUCAAAACGUUGUGACUCUGCUUGGCGUCUGCUUAGAAAUUGAGCCACACAUGCUAAUUAUGGAGUAUGCAAUGCGUGGACGAUUGUUGUCAUUACUGCGCGCUGCGCGUAGUGCUGUUAAUAUUUUACCAGCCUCUGUGCCUGGUGGUCGCAGUUCUACACCUCUGUCGCCACGGACGCUAGGUGGAUUUGCAUUGGACAUUGCUUGUGGAAUGGAGUACAUUACUGAAAAGAGGAUUGUACAUCGUGAUCUUGCGGCACGCAACGUCCUUCUGGAUCAUAAUGGUGUUUGUAAAAUUUGUGAUUUUGGAAUGUCAAUUGAUUUAGAAGAUGAAUGUAAGCAGCAAGAGGUUGACCUAAAGACUGCUAACAAAGUAAUAAGUAGCAAUACGAAGAGGAAAUUAGAUUUCGGCAGCCGUUUCAUAAUAAACCAUUGGAACAAUAACUUCAAUACAAACCAAAUCCCAACAAAAGAUGCUAUUGAAAAAAAAACCCAUACUCAUGAUCACAGUCAUGGACAUGAUUCGAUGAGUCGUAGGCCUGCAUUACCAAUACGAUGGAUGGCACCAGAAGCGUUACAAUAUCAUAUUUUUACGCAUGAGACUGAUGUAUGGGCUUUUGGCAUAGUAUUGUGGGAAAUAUCUACUUUGGGAUCUACGCCAUAUGCCAAUCUAACAGGACGCGAAGUUAUCCGACGAGUUCCAAAUGGUCUUAGGCCAGAGCUGCCAAAGGAAUCGCGUUUAGAAUUUUACAAUUUAAUGACUCGAUGUUGGCAUAAGGAUUCCCAUUUACGACCUUCGUUUUCAUAUGCGAGACAGGAAAUAUCUCGUUCUCUUCACAAAUGGGAUGAGGAUGAAUCCGCAGAAUCGGACUAUAUGGAUGUUAGCGGAUUUAGUGAAGAUUUGGAACAUGGCAUGGUUUAUUUCAAUCAACGAAUAUCCGAGUUUGAAUGCGAAAUAUGACCAUGACUGCAACCUACCACUUUUAACAUAUAAUAUCUUCCAAUAAUUCCAAGAGUGUCUGUGGCUUACAAUAUUAUGUUAAUAACUUUACAGUAAACUUAAUCCAAAUUAUCUCCUGAUAUAAACAAGUGCUAGCAGCAGUAUUAUUUACAGUAUAUCCAUUUACAGGAAUUUACAAGUGGAAUUGAUACAUACAUACAUAUGUAUAUAGGAACAUAGUAUAUAUAUAAUAUAGUUUAAUUUUAUUAAUGUAAAAAUGUAUACUUAAAAACUUAACAAACCCCACACAAUGUACAUAUUAAGAUUUUAAAUUGCUAUUUACAAAUAAACGAUAGUCGUAAUCUCAAAAACAUUUAAUUGUAUAUAAGCACACAUGCAUAAGCUAAGAUCAUUUAAAUAGAUUUUCUUCUAGUCUCUAGAAAAUUAUGAUUUGUGUAGAAUAUUAUAACUAAUAAUAAAGAUAAUACGCUGGAGAGGUAUCUUCAAUACCUUCUAUCCCAUGAAUGAAAUAUAUCAUACUAAACAGAAUAACUUAACAUCCAAGGAUAUUAACCUUUCUAAUAAAUUGAAAUGUAAUAUUAAUAAAAAAAUAAAGAGAAAAAUCCGUAGUUUUUUUAUACAAAAUUUUGUUAAAAUAAUCUCAAAUUUUAACGUUUUUACCUUAUGUUACUAAUUGACCAAUAAUGAUUAAAAUAUAAUACCUUUUUGAACACAAGCAAAGCUCCAUAAUAAUGACCAAAUUUUUAUAAAAGUUUUAAAUCGGAUUCAUUAUGUUAUAGAGGACGCCGUUCACGCUUCGCUGUGGAUGUGGUUUACAUUAAUUAUUAACUAUUGAAUACAGUAAAAUUGUAUUUAUGAAUACAAAUGAAAACGUUAUUCCCGGUAUAAGAUUAACCCGUGGAUUACUUCCUUCGAUCGAUCUUCGAUUUGUUAUUGAGCACAAAUAAACUUAAAAUACUUGUAUAUUACCACA